AUUCCCACGUUGCUCAGUUCCAGCUUCCUUUGUGUGCAAGGUGACCCCAGUUCAUGUGAAUCUCAUUUGUGAUGCAGCUGACGGUUCAAAACCUAAACAAAUCCUGUCAGCUGGCAAUUCCUCUGCAGCCCUGUGCAAUUACACCAUCACAGAACAUGCCUGUUCCUCUGCUGCAUAUCUCACAUCCAGCAACUUGGUCACACUGCUGAACUGCACACUGAAAAGCCAAAACAUAUACCCAGUAGAAGUCUGGAAACUCUUCUUCCUAAAAGAGCCUGCUGUACUGGACCAGGCCCUUGAGACAUUUGCUAACAUGGCCAGCAACAACACCUACCCAACCUCGUCAAAUGUACUUGAGGCCCUUGAAGAAGUGACAAUUGCCAAUUUCAGCCAGGCACAACUACAGAGUGAGGAGUUCAUUACCAGCUGGUUCAAGACAAAGAUCCGUCCGUUUCUGGCCGCUCCAUCUUUCAAUUUUCUAUUUUGCCUUAGCUCCAAAAACUUCAGCUGCCAAACAUACCAGAUUGUCAUUCAGGCAUUUGGCAGCCAAAAGGCAUCCAUGGACAGAGACAGACAGCAAGCAGUCUUCACUCAUUUCAUCAAACCUUUCCUGUCAAGAAAUGACUCAACAGAUCCUGGCUGUGUCUCAUCUAUCACAGGGAGCCAAGAGUGGUUAAAGAAAAACCUUGGCGAGUUCGUUGAUUUUGCAAGUCUGCAGGAUUUGCAAGCUUUCAAUCCUAAUUUGUCCACUGCUGAAUUGCUGUCAGUUCUGAAUCCUUCUCAGGUGGCAAAGCUGCUCCUUAACUCGGGAGCCUCGAAUAACACAGUUUUCGUUGACCUUGUGUUUGAGCGACUGGACAAGGGAAAUGGGUUUGAAAAUGUGAAUGAAUUCCUGACACAGCUGACAAUCAAUGGACAGACACCGACUUUCGAGCCUGUUGUGAGAGAUCAUGUGAUGAACAAAACCUUCACUAUCAUCAGUCCACAUUUCUCCAGUUUUACCACAAACGACUUUGACAAGUGGUUCAGUGUGAAACUGGUUCCUAUCCUUGCAAGUUUUACACCAGAAAUGCUCACAAAUGCAACCACAAACAUCAACUGCACAAUCUACCACAUCAUUGUGAGUGGGAUGGCUAAAGUUUUCAAGGAGAUGCCACCGCAUAGGCAACAACAAAACACAGUUGUUCUGCUGGGCUACCUAAAAAGAUCUGACAGCGUCAUCAAAGAACCAGCUUGCAGGAAACAAAAUGAGAGUGAUUCCCAAUGGGUUCGAGCAAAUUUGGGUCCAUUCGUCCAAUACACAGCAAUCUCUGAUAUCAAAGACUUCAACAUCUCUACGGUGAAUGUAGCAGAUCUGCUUACUCUUAGUCAGUUAGCCAUUCUUGCAACAACUCCAUUACAGCUAAAAAGUAAGGAAGAUGUUAUGAAGAUCAUGGCAGUCAUCAACCCUGGUGACUUUGGCGCUUUCUUUGAUCAUGUCUCUCCGGCCAUUAAGGUCCAUUCAGCUAACUACUCACAGGAAGUGAAGUCUGCAUUCCUUGAAGCAGUUUUCAACAGAGGGAAUCUGUCAUCUCCAGCUGUCAGUGAUGGAGACUUCCUGCUAUGGCUCAGAGUUCGACUGAGCCCUCUCCUGACCAACCUCUCUCCCAGCCUGGUGACACCCUUAUUCAGCAUCGGGAUCAAAAGGAGUUGUAACAGCAGCCAAGAGAUGAUUGCAUUGCUGGACACAUUGACCACAACACUCAGCAGCAACACCCAAAGGGAGAUCUACAAAAACAUACUUGUCUUCCUUCAAGGUCCACCACCACUCAAGUGUUACAGUGGUGGAAGCUUCUAUGUCUAUCUGAGGAACACUUUCCUCAGCUUUGGCUUUCCAGAUUCGUCCACGUUUGUGUCACUCCUGCCACCAAUGCGCAAAUCAGAGCUUCUUGAUACCAUCAGCACCUCAGAGCUCCGCCAGUUCCUUAGUCAGCCCAGUGUGAUUAGUAACAGUACUGACAUCUGUGUCAUCUUCAACAACUACGACAACACUCCUGCCUUCCUUGAGACUGAGGAUGUUCCGGAUGAUGUAAAGAAGGUGAUCCUCCCCUGUAUUUGGCCUUCUGCGCUGAAUAGCAGGAGCAGAGCUGAGGCUAAUUUAUGGUUUGACCUGCGACUGAGGAAUUAUCUUAGAUUCCUCAGCAAGAGCCUCAUCAGCCCCGACGAAGUGCAGAACGCCUCAUGUUUUGCCUUCCAGAAACUGGUCUAUGUGAUGGGAAAUAACUUCACAUACAACAGCUCUGAGUUUGGACAGCAGUACGUUUAUACCACCAUCAAGACCUACUUGAGUGCUGGUUCUGGCGCCAGAUGCUACAAUGCCAGUGAUGCAGCACUAAACUCUACUGCCUGGUUUGUCAGUAACAUCGGGAACUUUGUGACAUUUAUCACUCUGGAUGACCUCACCACCUUUGUCUCCACCGCUCAGUUUCAAGUGUUCUUGAAGAACCAAGCCAACCUGGAACUCUUCAACAAUAAAGCAAUCCCAGCAAAUGUAACCAACUACUAUGUCACACAGCUUUUUGCAUUCGAUCCGAACUUCAAGCCGGUCAACCUCCCAGGCUUUUUCCUGUGCUCUUCUGCGGUGCCACCUUUGGCAUAUACUACUAUGACUGAAGCUGAAACCAUGGUUAUCUUAGACAAUCUGAAGACUUUCUGCAAUGGCCCCCAGGACCCUGAGGUUUCUGCUGCUUUGGCAUCCAACAUCAAGAUAAUUACAUCAGUGACAUUUAUAGCUCUUGGUAGCUCCAGCGCAGGUCUGAGCAACAGCCAGAUCAGUUCAGUUUCCUCAUCAGUGCUCAUCUCUUCUUUGUCCACCCUGGGCUCAAUCAGUACCUGGAGCCAAGAUCAGGCCUCAAUAAUCAUCCAAACCCUUACUGCCUCAGGCUUCCAGAUCAACAGCGAAGCCUCCCUGGCAUCCCUUGGCACACUUGUUAUUGGACUUCCUUCAGAAACAAUAGCAAAAACCAGCGCUUCUGUGCUACUCAGCGUCUCAAAGAGCACCACCUUCGUUUCCAACAUGCUGGCAGCCCCAAGUGUUGUCCAACUGACCGUCGUCAAAAAGAUCAUUUCUCUGGACAUAAAUCCAUCACAAGUGGUGCUGAAUGUGCCAGAUGCUAUGGCAGUUAGGAUCCCACCAUCCCUGUUGGUGUUUUCUAGCCAAUCUGCAAACAUCACUGUGCUCAACAGAAAAACAUGGACACCAGAUCAGGCUGCCAUCUUUUUUGGGGUCCUUGACAACACAAACUUUGACAUCGAGCAGCUUUCUCCUUCAGUGCUGCAAGGCUUCACUUGCACUUCUGUCCAGAAAAUGACACAAUUCAGGACCAAGGAGCUAAUCAGGGCCUGUAGGCGCCGGGCAGGCCGAGCCAAAGUGCAGUUAAAGGAAUCCCAGCUGACCUGCAUGCUCAACUUGCUGAGUGGUGAAAUCUCACAAAACUUUACAGAUUAUCCAUCAGAUAUGCUUCUCUACUUAAGCAGCAAAAAUGUCAACAAAGGCAACUGCAGGUCAUACUUUUCUGCGUUGGGUGCGGCAGACUUCUCUGUGGCCUCCAAAAUCUUGAAUAAGGGCUCGCAACUGUUCCGUGAAGCGACUGCGUGCUUGGGUAUAAAUGGCUUGAGGCUGAGCAGACAGAAUGUGGAGAUCUUGGGGAACAUGGCUUGCACUCUGGAUGCGUCUUACAUACAGAACGCAGAUCCUCUCAUCCUGGAGAAACUUAAAGCCUGCAAUGACUUCUCUGCCAGCCAGGUGGCAGCCAUGGAGACCUUGCUGCUGUCUGGAACAACACAAUAUGGAAAUGCUGCUUCCUGGAAUGAGCAAACACUGGAGAACCUUGUACCCCUUCCACUCUACUUCACAAGAAAUAUCUGGAGCCGGUUCGAUUUUACAACAAAGAAAAUGUUCCUUAAGACCUUCAUGCCCAAACUGAGGAAAGCAAAUACAGAGAAAAGCAAGCUCAAGACGCUGUUCCAAAAGAUCAGCAGCCUGACGACAAAACGAGAAGCAGGUUGUACCAUGGGCAGCAUCACCCAGGUGAUAGUUAGCGACCCCUCCUUCCCCUUUGGCUAUGAUCUCAUGCAGUUUGACCUCUGCCUGGAUGUUCCCGUUCUGAAAGAAAACCUCAACUCCAUCUGCAACAAAGUGGAUGAUAAUGGCUUCCAGACUAUCAUCCUAAAGAAACUCAACGAGGCAUUCCCAUCAGGGGUUCCUGAUCAGGAUGUCCAGGUGCUUGGAUCAGUGUCUCGUGUGGCAUCACUUGACGAUAUAUCCAAGUGGAACAUAACCAAAAUUGACACCCUUGCAGCUCUAAUGAAACCUGAAGAUGGACCCUGGGAGGCAGCAAAGAGCAACAAAAUCAUCACUCAGUAUCUGAGCACUUUCGGAAACUCCUUGGGCAGCACUGAGCUGACCAUUAUUGACUCCAACCUGUGCUCACUAAACACCAGUACACUCCAGACCAUCAGCCCAGACAGCAUCAGAAAUGCCAGCUCUCUGAAUGUGUCAGCAUGUUCAGCUGAGCAGAAGAAAGUCCUGUAUGACAUCAGUAAGACUUCCUUUAGCUCACAACGGUCCAGCUUCAGUAUCAGUUACCAGUUGAUUAAGCCCUAUCUAGGUGGAGCACCACUGCAGGAUAUAGUAGCACUGUCAACACAAAACAUCAGCAUGGACAUAAGCACUUUCAGCAGUCUGGACCCUACUGUUAUAGCUAAUUUGACAGUGAGCAACGUUAAAGGCCUCAUGGGUAUGCACCUACCUGAUCUGAAGCUGUUUGAGAAUGAUACUGUAGUUCAGACCUGGAUCGACCUGCAGCUGCAGUCAGAGCUGGACACACUGAAUCUGGGUCUGAUCAGCAACAGAAUGAGCCCAAUAAACCCAACUCCAGGCUCCAACGACACCACUCCAGUUCCUGGCUCCAACGGCACCACUGCAGUUCCAGGCUCCAACGGCACCACUGCAGUUCCAGGCUCCAACGGCACCACUGGAGUUCCUGGCUCCAACGGCACCACUCCAGUUCCAGGCUCCAACGGCACCACUCCAGUUCCAGGCUCCAACGGCACCACUCCAGUUCCAGGCUCCAACGGCACCACUGCAGUUCCUGGCUCCAACGGCACCACUGCAGUUCCAGGCUCCAACGGCACCACUCCAGUUCCUGGCUCCAACGGCACCACUGCAGUUCCAGGCUCCAACGGCACCACUGCAGUUCCAGGUUCCAACGGCACCACUCCAGUUCCUGGCUCCAACGGCACCACUGGAGUUCCUGUCUCCAACGGCACCACUGGAGUUCCAGGCUCCAACGGCACCACUCCAGUUCCUGGCUCCAACGGCACCACUGCAGUUCCUGGCUCCAACGGCACCACUCCAGUUCCAGGCUCCAACGGCACCACUGGAGUUCCUGUCUCCAACGGCACCACUGCAGUUCCUGGCUCCAACGGCACCACUGCAGUUCCAGGCUCCAACGGCACCACUGCAGUUCCUGGCUCCAACGGCACCACUGCAGUUCCAGGCUCCAACGGCACCACUGCAGUUCCUGGCUCCAACGGCACCACUCCAGUUCCAGGCUCCAACGGCACCACUGCAGUUCCUGGCUCCAACGGCACCACUCCAGUUCCAGGCUCCAACGGCACCACUGCAGUUCCUGGCUCCAACGGCACCACUGCAGUUCCAGGCUCCAACGGCACCACUCCAGUUCCUGGCUCCAACGGCACCACUGCAGUUCCUGGCUCCAACGGCACCACUCCAGUUCCAGGUUCCAACGGCACCACUCCAGUUCCUGGCUCCAACGGCACCACUGCAGUUCCUGGCUCCAACGGCACCACUGGAGUUCCUGUCUCCAACGGCACCACUCCAGUUCCUGGCUCCAACGGCGCCACUCCAGUUCCUGGCUCCAACGGCGCCACUGGAGUUCCUGGCUCCAACGGCGCCACUGGAGUUCCAGGCUCCAACGGCACCACUCCAGUUCCUGUCUCCAACGGCACCACUGCAGUUCCUGUCUCCAGCGGCACCACUGCAGUUCCUGUCUCCAACGGCACCACUGCAGUUCCUGUCUCCAGCGGCACCACUCCAGUUCCUGUCUCCAACGGCACCACUGCAGUUCCUGUCUCCAGCGGCACCACUCCAGUUCCUGUCUCCAACGGCACCACUGCAGUUCCUGUCUCCAGCGGCACCACUGCAGUUCCUGUCUCCAACGGCGCUACUCCAGUUCCAGGCUCCAGCGGUGCCACUCCAGUUCCUGGCUCUAACGGCACCACUGGAGUUCCAGGCUCCAACAGCACCACUUCAGCACCAGGGUCCAACGGCACCACCACAGGACCACCAGGCUCCAGUAGCACCACCGCCUCUCAAACCAAUGGGAAAGUGGAGCCUGGAAAAUCCCAGACAACUAUAAUGCUGGCUGCUCUGCUAACAGCUAUGCUACAAAUGCUACUACAACCAGCCUAAACACAUACCUAGCUUUCACAUUCUCAUAAUAAUCAAUAAUCAUCAGUCAGUAACUUUUUUUUAAUAUAGCUUGAGGGUGAAUAUUUUAUUUAUUUGUUUAAUUUAAUUCAAAGAAAACCUUUUACCGUACAAAUGUUUAAUUUCUGCUUUACAUAUCAGUUAAAUUAUUUGACAUAUGGAUAAUCAAAACUAUUGCAGUGAUCUUUAUUAUUUAAUAUACUUUAAAUAGUUCUCUGGGAUUUUGAAAUGAAGAACUUCUAAUAAAUUCUAAUAAUCAUUGCCAAAUCUUUCUUAAAACUAAAUUGCAUUAUAUUUUAAACCAUGAAAUUUCCUGUUCUGUUAUGAUCUAACCUGUAUUGCUAUUGAUAAAAUCAAUAAAAACAUGCUAAUAAAUAUCUGACGCCUAUGUCUCUGCCUGUUGAGCAACACAAAGAUCCAGCAUCAUAUUUUUGAGUAGUUACUGGCUCUGUUGUAAAUUCAAAACUUUAAACUCAAGCUUAAGAAUGAAAGGUUUAGGGUUCACA